AUGCCUCUCGGUGGCGGUGACAUUGGUCUAAACACAUGGUAUGAGAAUGGCACCAUUCUUAUGUACGUCGCCAAAAGUGGUACAUUUGACGAGAACAACUCUCUUCUCAAACUCGGUCGUGUCAGACUAUCUUUCGAUCCCAACCCCUUCGACAGCGACUUCGAGCAAAGGCUUGUCUUAAAUGACGGCUAUGUAAAGUACACCGGCAAGGAUAACGCCACUGCUAAAGUCUGGGUCGACGUAUUCAACCCUGUCGUACACAUAGAAGUCGACAGUCCAGAAACGAUUUCUGUCAAUGUCGCUUACGAGAACUGGCGAUACGAAGACCGACCCAUAAUCAACGAAGAGCGCAACCAGGGUUCAUGGGGCAUAUACACCUCCAAGAUUGCCAAUGGAACUACGUAUGCUGACAAGAUCCUCUUCCAUGAGAACGGAGUGCUUAUGAGCCACCGUAAUGAUAAGCUGGAUCUAUGGAACUUUCAGCUGAAGCAGCAGGGGCUCGAGAAGUAUAAAGAUGAGAUGUACAAUCCGAUGAGAAACAACGAGUUUGGUAUCUUCGUCCACUCUGAGCAACUCAAGCUUGGCGAUAUCACUGAUGGUCACUACGUCAACACUACUUACAAAGCCUGGAAUCUCGAAAGCAAGGCGCCUAGAAAGUCUUUCAAGGUUUCACUAUCCAUGUAUCAAGCCCAAACCAAGGAUCAUGACGAGUGGUACAAGGGUCUCAAGAAGGUUAUCAAGUCAGCAGUCAAGAAUACUCAAGAAGCCACUCUCACCUGGUGGCACGAAUAUUGGGCUCGGUCAUACAUCAUCAUCAACGAAGACAAGGGCGAGAAGGACGCAGGAUUCCAAGUAGGAAAGAACUACCAGAUCUGGCGCUUCCUCAUGGGCUGUAACGCGAAAGGAGAAUGGCCGACCAAGUUCAAUGGUGGUCUCUGGACUUUUGAUCCCGUCUUUGUCAACCCUUAUCGACCCUACACGCCCGACUACCGACGCUGGGGUGGGGGAACAUUCACUGCUCAGAACCAGCGUCUCUUGUACUGGCCGCUCUUGAGAUCUGGCGACUUUGAGACUAUGACGCAGCAGUUUGACUUUUACAAGCGCAUCACACCAAACGCGGUUCUGAGAGGAAAGGUGUACCAGAAUAUUGAUGCAGCGUAUUUCUUGGAGCAGAUCGACAAUACGGGUUUGUCGAAUGUGUUUGAGUAUAAUGCACAGUGGUAUGAUGAUGAUGCCAACACACCUCGUCCUGACUUUUUCCCUGAUGGAGAGUUGUGGAAUGUCUGGUUGAACCAUAUGCAGGAUACUGCCAAUGAGUUCGCCGACAUGAUUCUACAAGCCAACAUUUACUCAGGUUACGAUGUCAAGCCCUAUCUCGAAUUCAUCGAAUAUCAGCUCGCAUGGUUCGACAAGUAUUAUACCCGAGAGAUGCUUAAACGCAACCCUUGGCCACUAACAGGAAUUGCUGGCAACGAAUCCCUUGUUAUUUAUCCUGGUUCAGGAGCUGAAACAUACAAAGAGGCCUACAACCCUGUAUCCACACUGGCCGGUCUGCGUCAGGUCAUCAAGGAUCUUAUGAUCGUGGACGAGUUCGUCCUUCAGAACAAGACGUAUUACCAGAAGUACCUCGACAAAAUCCCAGGUAAUACGUUUCGUCAGCAACAGGGUCACACAUGUAUAGCUCCAGCGGAGGCGUACACACGUGUUCAGAAUAGCGAGGUACCUCAGCUAUAUACUGUUUUUCCUUGGCCCGAAUACGGUAUCGGUCUUCCUAACCUCACGUAUGCCAUCAACACAUAUCUCUAUGACACAGAGACAGUUAUCUACCACGGUAACACUGGUUGGAAGCAAGACGUCAUUUGGCUGGCACGUAUGGGCUUCACUGCAAACGCAACAUCCAUGACAGAAGAGCGUUACGCGCCUAGCAAAGUCUGCAAGUUUCCUGUCUUCAAGGGUCCCAACUUUGACUGGACGCCUGAUUUGAACCACUACGGAGCUGCAGCUAUUGGAUUGCAGGAACAGCUUAUCCAGACUUAUGCAGGGGAUGAUAUUAGACUGCUUCCUGCAUGGCCUGAGAGAUGGGAUGUCCGGUUCAAGGUUUGGGCGCCGCACAAUACUACCGUUGAAGGCACUGUUGUGAAGGGAGAUGUUGAAAGGCUUGUUGUUUCGCCCAAGUCUCGGACAAAGGAUGUCGUUGCGGGACAAGACUAG